AUGACAGAAUUUGUAAAGGGCAAAUUCGAGACUGAAGAGGAGAUAAUUAUAUACAAGUAAUCCUUAGAUUAAAAAAUUAAAAAAUUUCAAGGAGAACUUGAUAGACAGUAGCUAAAUAUUGAACUCAUGUCGAAUACAAAAUUAAAUGUUAAUUCAGAACUAAAUUUAGACUUUGAAUCAUCUUUUGAUGAUCAGAAAUCGAAAAUGAAUUUAUAAAAUGAUUGCGGAUAUCAUAGAAGCAAAAUAACCAAGCUCAUUUAAGAUCUUAAUGAUUAGAUAGAGAUUAAUUUAAGGAUUAAAGAAGCUAAUAUGAAAUUGAAACUAUUUAAUGAGACACUUGGCAUGAAACUAGAAAGUAAAGAUCAAUUACUAAAAUAGCAUAUUGCUGGGACUUAUUUAAAUAAAAAUGAAAAUAUUGAAGAUCUAAGCAAAAUUGUGUUGAGUCCAUAAAAAGUUAACAGCAAUGUCUAUUCAAAUCUUAAUAAGCGAAAUAGCAGAAUGUUCACAUUCUAAAGAGAAUAAAAGAGCUCUAUAGGUCUAGGUGAAAAAAUGCCCGAUGAGCAAGACAUCGCUUUAAGAAACAAUGUUGAAAUAUGUUAGAGGUUAAUUUAAGCUGCUGAAAACCACUCAACUAUCGAUAAAUUACUGAUUGAUGUUUAAAGAGAUAUCGAAUAAAUUUACGGUGUAGAAAAAUGUAUAAUAUUAAAAUUACUUGGGAAAGAUUUCACUGAUGGAAGAGAAUAUAAAUUUGCAAGUGAUGACGGAUUUUUUGAAGACCUAGUAGAAGAACAGAAACCAAUAAUAGUUAAUGAUAUCUCAAAAGAUAAAAAUCUUUAGAGAGAAUUGAAAACUUAAGUUAUUGCAGCAAUAUGUAUGCUUAAUAAAUUAGAUUUCUCAGAUGCAAAAAGCAUGAAAGGUGCUCCUGAAUAAGACAAUAAGAAAUAGCAGCAAGAAAAAUAGAAUGAUAAGUAACUAGCAACAAUUACUUCUGACAAUUUGCAUUUUGGAUUAAAUGAUUGUCCUGCUGCAAGUCCUCUAUUUCUAAGUAUCUUGAAUCAUCUAUUUUUCCAUUAAAUGAACAAAGAGCAUGAUGAGGAAAGAAGAGUACUGACUAUGGUAGAUAGUAUCCUGCAAUUCCCAAAUAUGCGUCUGUUUAUUGAAACUGUAGAAAAUUAAUUCUAGCAAAUAUUUGAGUGUGAAAGAGCGAAUUUGGUCCUGGUAGAUCGUUUUAAGAAGGAUUUAUUUAAGUAUACUCAUAAUGAGCAUACAAACGAAGAUAAUCUAUAAACUUAUCACCUUGAUAGAGGUAUUGCAGGAUAUGUUGCAAUAAGUGGACAUUCAUUAUACGUUUAAAACAUAGAUGAAGAUUCUAAGUUUAAUAAUGAAAUUGAUGAUCCAAAGGGAAUCUACUAUAAAUAUGAGGUUGGAUCUGAUUCAUUGGCAAAUUUACCAAGAGGAGUAAUACAGUUAAUAAAUAGGAGUGAUCCGAAUGGCUUUGAUAAUCAUGACAUGGAAAAACUAGAAUUUCUGAGUAAUAUAGUAGGAAGAUGUCAUGAUAGUGUGCUUAAGAUUGAAUAGCUAUAUUGUUUGAAAAGUGUAUCAGAAAAUUUAUCCGAUAUUACUAAGAAAAUUCAAACUGGGCUUGAUACUAGCUGCAUUUAAUAUGGGCAUAUGAAAAAGCAAUUCACUUAAUUUAUGUAAUCUAUCAAAGACAGGCAAAAUUCGAACCCAAUGAUGCAAUUGAAUCAGCAGUAACAAUAAUCAAUAAAAAACUUAGCUUCUCCAUCUACUGGCAAGCUUAACGAUUAAAAGAGUUAAUCUAAUUUACACAAAAAGCAAACAAGCAAUGUUUGGAAUGAUUGA